AUGCAACGUAAGGCUGUGGCUGCCCUUUUUACCGUUAUAUGCGGACUCGAUCAAGUGAAAGACGAAUCUAAAACCAUAUUCAUCGCAUGCGAAGAAGACAUGGAUGAAGCGUUGUCAGCAGUGAAGAAGGGACUAUGGACUUUCAGCAGUGACUGGUUUAUGAACUGUCCAAAAUCAUGGCCUAUACUUGGCAGCCUUCCUCAAAUGCUCCUAAACAAGAAUCCAGCAUUUCAUAAUUGGAUACAUAAAAUUAUGGAGGAAAUGGACACCGAGAUCGCUUGCAUUCGUCUUGGUAAUGUCCAUGUCAUUCCUGUAACUUCACCUGAGCUUGCUCGCGAGUUCUUGCAGACUCAGGAUUCUGUUUUCUCAUCCAGACCUAUUUGCAUGUCCGCGAGCCUCAUUAGUACUGGCUACUUAACCUCCGUUUUUCUCCCCAUUGGUGAUCAAUGGAUGAAAAUGAGGAGAAUUCUUGCUUCUCAUGUGCUAUCACCAGCGUCAUUUCAAUGGCUUCGUUGUAAAAGGGAUGAAGAAGCUGACCACCUUCAUCGAUUCAUUUACAAUCAAUGCAGCAACCAAUCUGUUAUUAACUUGAGGAAAGUGACGAGAUGGUAUUGCGCCAAUGUAAUUAGUAAUAUGAUUUUCAGCAAGAGAUUAUCCGAAAUUAUAGAAAAAGAGGAGCAAGUUGAUGCACUUUUUACCCUUCUUGGACAUCUUUAUUCUUUUGGUAUAUCAGAUUACUUGCCAUGGUUAAGCCUGUUUGAUUUAGAUGGUCACAAGGCAAUCAUCAAGAAAGCCUAUGCCACAGCAACAAAACACAUCGAUGCUGAAGUUGAUCAGAGGAUUCAGAUGGGGAAAGAUGGCAACAAAACUUUGGAAGCAGACAUCCUUGAUGUUCUUAUCAUGCUCAGAGAUACCAAUGGGAAUCCAUUGAUGAAUGAUAAAGAGAUUAAGGCACAAGUGCUUGAACUCAUGCUGGCAGCAGUGGAUAAUCCCUCAAAUGCAGUAGAAUGGACACUUGCAGAAAUGUUGAACCAACCAAAGUUAAUGCAAAGGGCCGUAGAAGAACUCAACACUGUUGUUGGGAUCAAUAGAUUGGUUCAAGAAUCAGACUUGCCAAGGCUAAAUUAUCUCAAAGCUUGCAUAAAAGAGGCCUUUCGACUCUACCCCAUAACGCAUUUUAAUAUUCCUCACGUGUCUGUCUCUGAUACCAUCAUCGGUGAAAAGUACUUCAUCCCUAAAGGGAGUGUAGUGCUAUUAAGUCGUCUUGGACUUGGCCGGAAUCCUAAAGAUUGGGGGGAUCCAUUGAAGUUCAAGCCGGAGCGCCACCUCAAAGAGGUCGAAGAUGGUGGUGAAGUAGUUCUUACUGAUUCAAAGCUACGUUUGUUGUCAUUUAGUAUGGGAAGACGAGGUUGUCCAGCUGUUAAACUUGGCUCUACAAUUACUACGAUGUUACUUGCUAGGCUUCUUCAAGGGUUCACUUGGAGUUCACCACCAAAUUCAGCAUGCAGUGAGUUAAUUGAGUUGACUAAGACUGAUCAUUUUAGUACCUUUCCACUUGUUGCUCAUGCAAAACCAAGAUUAGCUAAGGCCAUGUAUUCUUAACAAACAAAGAAUUACAACCAGUUAUGUUGUUGCAUUGUUGAA